AUGGACGUUCUCCAGUUGUUGGCGGCGUCGCACAACGAAGGCGGGACGACCAAGGGGAUGGACCGUGCCGCGCACCGAGGCCACUUUGAGGUUGCGCGCUCCGUCCACGGGUACCGCGGCGAAGGCUGCACGACGCGCGCCAUCGAUUGGGCAGCGGCUGCGGGGCACUUGGCCUUGGCGAUUGUGCAGUUCCUCAUCGAGCAUCAACACGAGCGCUUUACAUACCGAGGCAUGUUUUGGGCGGCGCGGGAAGGUCAUGCGGACUACGAGGCGCCGGUCGAUGACGACGAAGAGUGCUUCUGCGACUGGGACUCGGACCACUCGACCGAAGGCUGCAUGUUUUGCCUCUCAAACCUCACCAAGCAGAUCAACGAAAACCCGGAGCACCUCAAAAAGCUUGAGGAGUAUGGCAACCAGCUUAUCGACGAGCACAUUCGCAACAGCACCAAGAACGCGACGGCGCCGCCGCCGACCGACGCAUGGGCGCAGCACCACCAGGGAUACCACAACGCAAAGAAAUCGCUCUUUAUCGGUAUCAACUACUACAACACCAAGGGGAAGCUCCGCGGCUGCAUCAAGGACGUCGAGAACCUCUCGAACUUUGUCCUUGAAAAGUACGGCUUCCCCACCAACACGAUGCGCAAGCUCACGGACGACGGCAAUGGCUACGCUCACCCUACGCGCGCCAACAUCAUCUCGGGCAUGCGCUGGCUCGUGCAGGGCGCCAAGGCCGGCGACUCGCUCGUCUUCUUCUUUAGCGGCCACGGUUCGCGGGUGAAGGACAUGGAAGGUGACGAGGCCGAUGGCAUGGACGAGACCAUUUGCCCCGUCGACUACACCACGGCUGGUAUGAUCACCGACGACGAAAUGCACGCCAUUCUCUGCGCGCCGUUGUCCGCUGGUGUCAAGCUCACGGCGAUUUUUGACUGCUGCCACUCGGGCUCGGCGCUCGACCUCCCGUUCACGUACACGAUCGACGGCAACUUGCAGAUCCACGAGCAGGACAAUCGCCUCGUCGCGGUCAAGAAGUUCUUCUGCGCCGGCCUUGAUUUCCUCCGCGGCGAUACGCAGGCGGCCAAGCGUGGCUUCCAGGGCGCGUACAGCUCGUUCUCGGCGCCCGCCGCGCCGACGUCGGGCCCGGUUGCGGUCAAGUUCAUCAAGAAUAAUACUACCAAAGGCGACGUCGUCCUCUUCUCAGGCUGCAUGGACUCGCAGACGUCGGCGGACGCGGUCAUUGACGGCGAACCCACCGGCGCCAUGACAUACGCGUUCAUCUCGGCGUUGAAGGAGCACUCGAUGGACAUCACGUACACGGAGCUCCUUCGCGCGCUCCGUGAGUUUAUGCUGAACAAGUACUAGCAGGUCCCGCAGCUCUCGACUGGUCGGCCCUUGUGCAUGGACGUUAAGUUCUCGCUGUAAUGUUUGAAUUUAAAAGUUUGUUUUUGUGCA